UGAACGUAUAAUAAUAAUAAUAAAACCGAAAUGGAUAUACUAAUAUUUAAAGUGGUACGACAUUAUGUCCAACAUUUUGUCUCUAGUUUUGUAGUGACAAGAUGUAUUUAUGCAGAAUUUUAUUGACGUGUGUGUAUGUGUGUAACUAUCAACAGCCUCAUAAGAGCAUGGUGAUACGGCUUUGCUAUCCAACUUCUUUUUCACGUCACGUUCCACAUACCAUAUCAGUAACAGCAUAUCAUGCCAUUCUCUUGGGAAUGAAAGAACACUGCACAGUGCCUAUUUCCUAGAUUUAUACAAGAAACGCCCUUAUUCCUUCUUUCUUUUUUUUCAUCAUUUUUGUUACUAACAUCCCCCUCCUUAAGAGCAUUGUGACACAAGAGCCUUGCUUCAUAAAGGAACCCAACAGACACUUUUUCUUUUUUUUUUCUCUUUUUUUUGUUUUCUUUAUUUUAUACUGCACCUACAUGACAACAGUGGAAGAUAACAUAACAGACGCAGUCAAAUGUCGACCUUCAAGUACAAUAUCAGCCAAACAAAGCAAAGAGACGUUAUCUCGCAAACACUCUGAGCGUCAUCAGGUCAUGAAGAUUCAGAACUAUGUCAUCUAUAGAAAGACUAUUGGAGCAGGCUCUAUGGGAAAAGUAAAAUUAGCGGAAUGUCUAACGGAUGUUGAUAAGCAAAAAUAUGCUGUGAAAAUCAUGCCAAAAGUAGACCUUGAAGCAUCAUCAGGCAAAACUAAAUCAAAAGAUCCAAAAGAUACACCUGAAGAACGAGAACAGAGAACAAUUCGAGAAAUGGCCAUCAUGCGUUUAUUGCGGCAUCCCAAUAUCUGUCAAUUAAAAGAAUAUAUUGCAGAAGGCGAUAAAUAUUACAUGUUUUUGGAAUAUGUUGAUGGCGGUCAACUAUUAGAUUAUAUCAUUAAACAUGGUAAGCUUCGUGAAAAGCAAGCUAGGAAAUUUGCUCGCCAAAUUGUCAGUGCAUUAGACUAUUGCCAUAGAAAUUCCAUUGUGCAUCGAGACCUCAAGAUUGAAAACAUUUUAAUUACAAAAUCUGAACAAUUGAAAAUUAUUGACUUUGGUCUAUCCAAUGUCUAUUCGCCUACACAACAACUCGACACUUUUUGUGGUUCGCUUUAUUUUGCAGCACCUGAAUUGUUACGAGCAAAGCACUAUACAGGUCCAGAAGUAGAUGUCUGGAGUUUUGGCGUAGUAUUAUAUGUCUUGGUGUGUGGCAGAGUCCCUUUUGACGAUACCAAUUUACCUGCAUUACACGAAAAAAUCAAGUCUGGCAUUGUUGAAGACUACCCUGAUCAUUUAGGAAAAGACUGCCUUGAUUUACUUUCCAAAAUUUUUGUGGUUGAUCCUAGUCGCCGAAUUACAUUAUCUGCCAUUCAAGCACAUCCUUGGAUGAAUAAAGGUUAUGAAGAGCCUAUUCGUAAUUACUUGCCGCACCGACAGCCGAUCGAAACCAUCGAUAUGGACAUUGUGAAAGGCAUGCAUGGUUUUGGACUUGGAAGUCCUGAAGAAAUCAAAGAUAAACUUGAAAGAAUUGUUACUUCUUCUGCCUACCAAACAGCAGCACUUAAAAUUGAUCAAAACUUUCAAAAGAAGGUCAGUGACGAUCAGUCACUAGCAAGCAAGCCUCGUUGGAGACGCAGUUUAUCCACUCGCAAAAAGGCGGUGAUUCAAGAUGAUUUUCAGUCUCUUCCAGCCAUGUAUGAUCCACUCGUGUCUAUUUACUACCUUGUCAAAGAAAGAAAAGAAUCAGAUGAACGAAAAAAACAACUUUUAAAUGCAGAACCUAACCCAUUGACGCUCAGUCGAUCGACAAGUACAUUGGUUGUCAGUAGACAACCUAGCGAUCGUUCUCAAGGAUUGACACCACCACCUUCAUCAUCAGGCAAUCUUACCAGAAGAAGAACGUUUGAUACGUCAAAAAAACUGCCUGAUCUACCACCCCUCACAAGGGAGCCAACACACAGGGAGAACUCAACGCCCACUACUCCUAUACCGACUGCUUCUAAAAGUGAAAGAAUAAGCACGUCUACUCUGAUUCGAAAAAAAAGUUUACAGGCUGUAAAGAAGUUUGGCUUGAAAAUUCCAGGCAGAAGUUCUCCUUCAAACACAACGGACGAUCAUGAGGCUAUUCCAACGACCUCUUCAAGUAGCAAAUAUUCUAACUCAAGUGUACCUAAAUCUUCGCCUUCUUCCUCAUUAAAGGGAACAUCACAACAAAAAAGAAAUUCUGCUGGCAGUAUUAACACCCUUCCUAAAAAACAAAAGAGCCCAUCAACGACUCGUCAAUCUUCAUGGAGAAGAUUAUCCUUCAGUCGUAAAAACAUACGCCAUUCACUUGAUCAUUCCACUGGUAAUUUACCGACACAAAUGGAUCCCAUGUUGACAAAACAACAAGCGGAUACGACCCCUCAUUCUACAGCAGUUUCUCAUCGAUCCCUAUCCCCUUCCUCCUCCUCCUCCUCCUCUUCUUCUUCCUCUCCAAAACCCAAACGAAAAGGUAAAAAAAAAAAAAAACUUAAACCGACAUGACUCAUUUUGUAUUUCAGAUCAACCCGUGAUAAUGGAAAAAAGUAAAUCUGAACAUAUUCCUUCCAAGAAUCAAAAGAAAUCCGUAUCACCUGCACCUAAAAGCUUUUUUAGCUUUAACCGAGGUC